AUGGGAAAGGGAGCAAAUGAUAAACAGAGUGGUUUCUGGAUGUUUAUGGAACAUUUUAUUAGGCCGAAAUUGCAACGUGAAUUGGGUAGACGAGUAGGACCAUUAGAUUUGAUGCAUUUUGGAAUGCCUCAUUGGACUGAUUUAAGUUAUGAGGAACGACAAGAAUGGAAGAAAAGAGCGAAGGAAUAUAAUAAUUCAGAAGUGGGAAGGAAUGAAAGAAUGUUAAAGCGGCUCGAUUAUCAUCGAAGAAGGUAUCAUGAAUCAGCAGAUUUCUCGCAACCUUGUACGUCAGGAAAUUCGAAGUCAAAGACUAAACUGUCGUCAUUUCGUUACGAUGAAAUUGAUCAAUAUUCGCGUAAAUAUUUUGCUGGGAUUGGUGAUGAUUUUGAAGCAAAACGUGAAAAUGAUCGAAAAAAAUUCAUCGAUCACUAUCAAUGGAGAUUUACACAGAAAGAAUGCGGAAGCAAGAAAGAUUUUUUCAUUAAAUCGGAGAUUAUAAUUGUGACAGCGAAUAUUUAUUAUGAAGACAGCUCCAGUAAGCGGAUGAUACCAUCCGAAAUUUCAAUAUUAAAAUUCAGUCUUAAUCGCGGAAUUUAUGGCAAGCGUCAUUACAUCUUAGGUUUUGCGAGAAAUGGAAUAUCAUGCGAGAAUAAUAAAGUAGAGGCUGAAGAAAAUGAGCAAAUGACUGGAUUGUUAAUGGAUUGUGAUAGAAUAUCUACAAAUGUCCGAUUCGAUUAUAUUCAAGUUUGGGAUGAAAUAAAAGCGUUUACGAGAAUAAAUGGUAGUGGCGAGAAACUGUUGUUGCUUUCCAAAGAUUGGAAUACAGUUGUCGGAUCAUUUGAUACCCUUUUUGUGCAUGCGAAUGAAAAAUCAUUUUCUCGUGUUGAAACACAUUUUGCAACUUUGGAAGAUUAUUUCAUGGCUCUUUAUGCAACAGUAAAUGAUGUUCGUGUUAAUGAUGCUAUUAAAUCUGAUGUCGCAAUGGAAAUGAACGAACAAUGGCACCAUGCUGUAUUUUAUGAUUUCACAACUUGCGAUUUUCAUGCUGGAUUGAAAUAUACCGAGCAGUGUCAAGCUAGGAAUUGUUCUCUUUUUGCUGCUCACAAAGCCAUAUUCAACUUUUUUACACUUUGCAAGAAGCAUGUUUUUUCUUCAUGCAAAUUUACUGAACAACAAAUAUUGAAUAAAGAAUUAUUAUCAACAAAUGAAGAUGAUUUCUUGGAGAGUAUAUCACAGCAACAACCACAUUUACGAUCAACCAAACAUGCAGCAAGCUAUGGUUCGAUUGAGAAUAUAUCAAAACAGUUGAUGUUACCUAAAAAUGGAAACGCUGAAAUAGCUUAUAGUGAAAGAGAUAGGAUUUUCGCUGAUUCAAACCUAAUUGAUGACGAUAGUGAUACAGAAUUAUUCCGCAAUGCUUCGAUCCCGCAAUCAUUAUCUGAAGGCUAUCAAAAUGAUUCGUUUUUGAAAAUGUCAAAUCAAGCAAAACAAACUUCUACACUCUCAUUAAAAGAAAUAGAAGAAGCAGCUACUAAUAAUGUAAAAGACAUUCAAAAAUCGUUUUGCGGUCACACUAUUUCAACUUAUAAUACUUGUUCUGUUUCAUCGAAAGUCAAUCAAAAUGGAAUUGUUUCAUCAAAUGGACCAUCAACAGAAUUUAGCUCAAAUUUAUUGUCCUAUUCACCGAAGUCGCCUUCUAUCGAUAAUUUACUCCCUGUGCGAACACUUGGCGGUUUCUGCAUUCCAAAUGUCUGUAAGACAGAUUACUCAUGUAAUCAACAAACUACAUUGGUAUCAUCCAAAGAGAUCGGAAUUCAACAGAAAAACACACAUUCAAGCACGAAUCAAGAAGUAGAUAUUGCAAAAUCGCUCAUUUUGGAGCCUGUCAUUUGCAAAGAGGCAGAAAUGUUCGGCUGGUCAGAAAACUUACAAAACAAUGAUCUUGAUAAGAAAUUUGCCUUGUGGCUAGAUUCGGCAUAUUUUGAACCUAUGAUGUCAAAGGAGUAA